CUGAUACUGAAUAUACUAAAUUGAAUGCUUAGAAAAGUUUUGUAUAAUUCUCCUUCUCGACUGCCGAUCGUCUUCGUUAAUCAACAAUGAUUUACAGCAAGAUUUGGCAAAAAUUGCCACGCAGCUAUGGCCGACGGUGCCUUUCACGCUCCUUCUCCGUUCACCCUCUUACUCUAUCGCCUUCCCCAAAUUGCCGGAGCACCGGUGAGCUUCUUAGGAUUUCUUCUCUGGGUUCCACGUUUGGACAAACAAAGACGCUUCUUUUCUCGUUUAGAAGCCCUAUUUACACGACCUUUCAUGCUGAUAAUCAAUAUAGGUGUUGCUUCUCAACACUUUCUUUGUUGGAUCAUCAAGUUGGUGGGAUUGUUGAUGUCCCUUUGGCACAAACAGGUGAAGGUAUUGCUGAAUGUGAGCUUCUCAAGUGGUUUGUGAAGGAGGGGGAUGAGGUUGAAGAAUUUCAACCACUUUGUGAAGUCCAGAGUGACAAAGCAACAAUGGAAAUAACUAGUCGUUACAGAGGAAAAGUGUUCCAGAUUCUGCAUUUUCCUGGCGGUAUAGUGAAGGUUGGGGAAACCCUUAUUAAGAUGAUUGUUGAAGAACAGAUGGAUUUGAAUCAGACCUGUGACAGCAAUAUGGAGAAGGCAGUAGAAUCUGAGAUAUGUGAUUUAAUUGUUGAGAAAUUUGGUGGAGUUCUCUCCACUCCAGCAGUCAGAAACCUGGCUAAUCAAUAUGGAGUAAAUAUUAAUGAUGUACAUGGGACUGGUAAGGAUGGAAGAGUACUUAAGGAAGAUAUAGUCAAACACGUUGAAAAUCAAGGAACCGUUAAAGAAGUGAUUACUAGUAAAUUUUCAGACGUAGAGGAACUCCCUGAAGUACGAGCUCCAAAUGUAUGUGAUUUUGAGGACAAGACGAUCCUUUUGAGGGGAUACCAUAGAGCUAUGGUUAAAUCAAUGAGUUUGGCUGCAACUAUUCCACAUUUUCAUUAUGUAGAAGAUAUAAUCUGUGACGCUCUCCUGGAACUGAAAUCCUCUUUCCAAAAUGAGAAUUCUGAUUCGGAAGUGAAGUAUACGCUUCUCCCUGUGUUGAUAAAGUCACUUUCUAUGGCCUUGAACAAAUUUCCCUGGAUGAAUAGCAGCUUUGACGAGCCAAUGCAAUCAGUUAUUUUGAAAGGAUCUCAUAAUAUUGGAAUUGCAAUGGCCACCGAACAUGGUCUAGUCGUACCAAACAUUAAGCGAGUUCAGUCUCUAUCUAUCUUGGAGAUCACGAAAGAACUCUCACGACUACAGAAAUUGGCUGCGGUUAACAAACUGAGUCGUGAUGACAUUUGUGGUGGGACAAUCACUUUAAGCAAUAUUGGAUCUAUUGGAGGGAAAUUCGGUUCACCUCUCGUAAACGUGCCAGAAGUCGCUAUAAUUGCUCUUGGUAGAACAAGGAAAGUUCCUCGUUUCGACGAUCAUGGCAAUGUUUACCCAGCAUCAGUCAUGAGUGUAAAUAUAGGCGCAGAUCAUAGAGUGUUGGAAGGAGCAACAGUCGCAAGAUUUUGCAACCAAUGGAAGCUACUAAUUGAGAAACCCGAGUUGUUGGUUCUCAACAUGAGAUAAAAAAUAAAUUGAACAUAAUAAUAUGUGUUUUAAUAAUGGAUUGAUUUCAAUAUUAACUAGAUUGAUGAACUUAUUAUGGGUCCUAUUUAUAAAACAUCUUCUCUUCAUGUGUUUUUUCUUUAGUAUUUUUAAAUUAAAUCAAAUUUAAAUGU